AUGAAUGGGAAAGAUAAAGAGGGCUCAAGGGAGAGUUAUGAGGGUUGUGCAGCCGAGUGCCUUCCGUGGGACGAGGCCAUGAGGAUGGAGCUGCAGCUGGAGUCCAGAAGUUCAGGCAGUGAAAGGGAGGAGAGACAGCGUCUGGAGACCAUCCUCAGUCUCUGUGCUGAGUACACAAAGCCUGACAGUCACGUGUCCACUGGCACCACCGUGGCAGAUGUACAGAAAAUCAAUAAGGAACUGGAGAAGCUGCAGCUCUCUGAUGAGGAGUCUGUGUUUGAAGAAGCCCUGGUGAGCCCUGACACCAGAUACAGGUGCCACCAGAAAAGCUCUCUCCACGAUGCAGACCUGGCAGGCUUCGGGAGCCUCAGUCAGAGUAGCGCCAGCUUCCUUUCCCUCAGGAGCUCCAGGAAUGAUGAACUGAUCAGAGACCUCACCAGGACUCCCCCACCGCCCUCCUCUGCCUUUCUGAAAGCUUCCAGCGAGUCCGCUUAUCUAAGCAUCCUACCAAAGACCCCAGAGGGUAUAAGUGAAGAACAAAGGAUUCAGGAGUUGACUGCGAUGGAAGAGUCCCGGAUAGCAAUUCUGAACAACCUCGAGGAACUUGAACAAAAAAUCAAAGAUAUAAAUGACCAGAUGGAGGAAUCUUCCAGAGAGUUGGAUAUGGAAUGUGCUCUCUUGGAUGGAGAACAAAAAUCAGAAACAACUGAACUUAUGAAAGAGAAGGAGAUUUUGGAUCAUCUAAACCGGAAAAUAGCAGAACUGGAAAAGAACAUUGUUGGUGAAAAGACCAAGGAGAAGGUAAAGCUUGAUGCUGAAAGGGAAAAACUAGAGAGGCUUCAGGAGCUUUACUCCGAGCAGAAGACCCAGCUGGACAAUUGUCCUGAGUCCAUGAGGGAACAGUUGCAGCAACAACUGAAGAGGGAUGCUGAUCUGUUGGAUGUGGAAAGCAAACACUUUGAAGACCUGGAAUUCCAGCAGCUUGAGCAUGAGAGCCGUCUAGAUGAGGAAAAGGAGAACCUGACCCAGCAGCUCCUGCGUGAAGUGGCUGAAUAUCAACGGAACAUUGUUACUAGAAAGGAAAAAAUUUCUGCAUUGAAAAAGCAAGCUAAUCACAUUGUCCAGCAGGCUCAGAGAGAACAAGAUCAUUUUGUGAAAGAAAAGAAUAACUUAAUAAUGAUGUUACAGAGAGAAAAGGAAAAUCUUUGUAAUUUGGAAAAGAAAUACUCCAGCCUCUCUGGGGGCAAAGGGUUUCCUGUCAACCCCAAUACUCUAAAAGAGGGCUAUAUCAUUGUAAAUGAAAUUAAUGAGCCAUGUGGCAAUUCCACGAAUCUCUCCCCUUCCACUCAGUUCCCUGUUGAUGCUGACGCUGUUGCCACUGGGCCUACCACAGCUGUGCUGGCGAGCCAGCCACAAAAUAAAGAGCAAAGAGCACCUGUCUGUUCUGGAUUUAUGUUUCCUUCCACCCUUUCUCCUCAUCCUAUCACUCAACCUCCAUCGGCCCCUUGGCCUGAAGUCGUGGCUACAUCUGUCGAUUCUUUUCAUUUAAAUGACACACCACCUCCUCUACCAGCUAAGAAACACAGAAGGCAGCAGCAACAGGACCAGCAGCAUUUUAGAAGUCUGGAAGAAAGGAAAAAACAGCACCAAGAAGGCCUCUAUCUGAGUGACACUUUGCCUCGAAAGAAAACCACACCUUCCAUAUCCCCUCAUUUCAGCAGUGCUACUAUGGGGAGAAGCACCGCCCCAAAGGGCCACCUGCCCCUGGGACAGAGCAACAGCUGUGGCAGUGUGCUCCCCCACUCGCUGGCAACCAUGACCAAAGACUCAGAAUCUCGGAGGAUGCUCAGAGGAAAGUCCAAGAAAGGAAGAAUGAAUGUCUCAGCAGGAGCAGUUAGUAAUUCCAAAAGUUCAAGUAUCAAAGGAUAUAAUCACCAACAGAUGAGUGAAGGUCAAAGGCAGAAGUCUUCUGAAUUUUACAGCCGCACAGCAUCUGAAUCAAAUGUCUACUUGAACAGUUUCCACUACCCAGAUCACAGCUACAAGGACCAGGCCUUUGAUACUCUGAGCCUAGACAGCUCUGACAGCAUGGAGACAAGCAUCUCUGCCUGCUCACCUGACAAUAUCUCUAGUGCCAGCACUUCAAAUAUUGCCCGAAUAGAAGAAAUGGAGAGACUUUUGAAGCAGGCUCAUGCAGAGAAGACAAGGCUUCUUGAAUCCAGGGAACGGGAAAUGGAAGCCAAGAAACGAGCUCUGGAAGAAGAAAAACGACGCCGAGAACUCCUGGAAAAACGAUUGCAGGAAGAAACCAGCCAGAGGCAGAAGUUAAUUGAAAAGGAAGUAAAAAUAAGGGAGAAACAAAGGGCACAGGCUCGACCUCUGACCCGUUAUCUGCCUAUCCGGAAGGAAGACUUUGAUUUGCGCAGCCACGUGGAGACUGCUGGCCACAAUAUUGAUACCUGUUAUCAUGUGUCAGUCACAGAGAAGACCUGCAGAGGAUUCCUCAUCAAAAUGGGUGGAAAAAUUAAAACUUGGAAAAAACGUUGGUUUGUUUUUGAUCGGAACAAGCGCACCUUCUCUUAUUAUGCAGACAAGCAUGAAGCUAAAUUAAAAGGAGUAAUAUACUUUCAAGCCAUUGAAGAAGUAUAUUAUGAUCACCUCAAAAAUGCUAAUAAGAGUCCUAAUCCAUUACUCACCUUUAGCGUCAAGACGCAUGACAGAAUCUACUAUAUGGUGGCCCCAUCGCCAGAAGCCAUGCGGAUCUGGAUGGAUGUUAUAGUUACUGGGGCAGAAGGUUACACUCACUUCUUGUUGUAG